AUGAGGAACUGGAAAGUGAUAGCAACUGGGGGGUCUGUAUUUGAGACAAGGUAUGAGUAUGCAGCUUACAAAGUGGAUUUGGAACACCACUAUUGCACAUGUAAAGUAUGGGAGAUAUCUGGAAUACCAUGUGUGCAUGGUCAAGCAACAAUAAAUUACACUCACAUGAAUCCAACUGAUUUUCUAAGCAUUUGGUUCCAAAAACAGAAAUUUGUGGCUGCAUAUACCACAAAUAUAUCACCAGUGAAUGGAAGCAACAUGUGGGCACCCACUGACUAUAUAAAGCCAUUACCUCCAUUGACAAGGAGAAUGCAUGGUAGGCCAAAAACCAAGAGAAGAAGGCAUGUGUCUGAGGUCAAUGAUUCCAAGUUCCCAACUGUUAGAGCUAGAGUUUGUAGGACUGUUAGGUGUAGCAAAUGUUUACAAUUCGGACAUAGCUUGAAAUCCUGUAAGAAUGAGCAAGUGAUGAAGGAGUAUGUGCCAUCUAGAAAACCAGGAAGGCCAAGGAGGGAUGAAAAUGGGAUAACAAAUAGGGAUGGAGAGGGAACUUCAAAACAAAAGAAAGUUAAGCUUACAGUGAAAAGAAAGAAGAAGAAGACAAAGAAGGCUAGAGAAGGAUCCUCAAAUCAAGCAACUUUUGAAACUGCAAAUGAUGCAACUGUACAGGAAACUGCAAAUCAUGCAACUGGACAGGAAGAAAUUGGAACUGUACAGGAAACUGCACAUGAGAUUGUGAAUGAUGCAGAUGCUAGUAUUGAGGAAAUUGAUGUAUUGAUGUUGCAGAAAUGUGGUUAUGAACCUCAUGCGAUUGCACAGGCUUUGGAAGCAGACUUAGAAGAGAAUGUUAAUCAGAUUGAAGAUAACUUGCUUGAAGAUAACUUGGAAAUGGGUGUAGAUGGUAAUGAGAUUGAAGAUCGCUUGGAAGCAGACUUAGAAGAGGAUGUUAAUGAGAUUGAAGAUAACUUGCUUGAAGAUAACUUGGAAAUGGGUGUAGAUGCUAAUGAGAUUGUGCCACCAGUGCAAGGGGAAGUUGCUAUACAAGGUUUAGAUGUUAAUGCUUGGGUUGGUGAAGAUGAUGAGGAAAUUGAUGGGGGAGAUUGA